AUGGGCUGCAUUAAGAGUUUUCUCUGUGUGCAUCUGUUUUGCACAGCUGGAGAGGAGUGGCACAAGACUGCAUUGAAAGAAUGGGCUCUGAAGAAGAAUAUCAUUAAAGAAAUCUGCUACUUUCAGAGCUUUACAGAGCUAAUUCUUCCAGUGAUCCUGUUUCAACUUUUUUAUGGCAAUAGUGCACUUGUCAUGACCAGAUUAAACUAUUUUGGCCCAAUUAAUGUAUCUGAUCAUCCUGCCCCUGCUGCUCCUGCUUCUGCUGUUAUUAUUCAUCAUCUGUAUUCUGCCCCUGUUCUGCCAACUACUUCUGUUACUGCUCCAUCACCACCACCAUCACCCACCACCACCUCUCUGCCUCCCCCUGGUGCUGACAGGAUCUCCACUUAUCAAAUGGCAGGUAUUAGAGCCCUUGUCUGGUUCACAAAGCUGAUUCUGGAGAAGCAGAAGAAGAAGGAGGAGAAGAAGAAGAAGAAAAAAAAGAAGAGAAGAAAGAAGAAGAAGAAAAGAGAGAAGAAGGAAGAGAAAGAGAAUAAUAAUAAUGAGAAUAAUGAUGAUAAUGAGAAUGAUAAUAAUAAUAACAAUAAUGAACUUGUCAUUUAG